UGUAUAUGAAGGUGGAUCAGUAAUGUCGCAAGCUCGCUCCCUAUGGCGGCUGGAGUUAGCCCGGACUAAAUGGACCGGAGGUUUUAUUAAUUGGUAUCAUCCGAUGCGUAUACGCCAUAUUACCACUGGCCGAUAUUUAGGCGUCAAUGAGAAUAACGAACUAAUUUUGCUAAAAAAAGAAGAAGCAUCAAUUGCGUCAACGACUUUCUGCCUCAGGCAGGAAAAGGACGAUGAAAAAAAAGUACUUGAAGAUAAAGAUCUCGAGGUCAUAGGCGUGCCUAUCAUAAAGUACGGUGAUACCACUGUCAUUGUGCAACAUUGCGAGUCCAGCCUAUGGCUAAGCUACAAAAGUUAUGAAACCAAAAAAAAAGGUGUAGGCAAAGUAGAAGAAAAGCAAGCCAUUUUACAUGAAGAAGGAAAAAUGGAUGAUUGUCUGGACUUUUCCCGUUCGCAGGAGGAGGAGUCGAAAACUGCACGUGUUAUACGCAAAUGCAGCAGCCUUUUCACACAAUUUAUUAAUGCUUUAGAAACACUGCAGUCCAAUCGGCGUCACUCAAUAUUCUUUCAAAAGGUCAAUCUAAAUGAGAUGGUCAUGUGCCUUGAAGAUUUAAUCAACUAUUUCUCCCAACCAGAGGAUGAUAUGGAGCAUGAAGAAAAGCAAAAUCGGUUUAGAGCGCUCAGAAAUCGGCAAGACCUUUUCCAAGAAGAAGGAGUGCUCAAUCUAAUCCUAGAAGCUAUCGAUAAAAUUAAUGUGAUCACUUCGCAAGGAUUUUUGGCAAGUUUUUUGGCUGGCGAUGAGACUGGUCAAAGCUGGGACUUGAUAUCGACAUAUCUUUAUCAACUAUUGGCCGCUAUUAUCAAGGGAAACCAUACUAAUUGUGCACAGUUUGCCAACAGUAACCGUUUAAAUUGGUUAUUUUCGCGGUUGGGCUCACAAGCAUCCAGUGAGGGCUCAGGUAUGUUGGAUGUAUUACACUGCGUACUCAUUGAUUCACCAGAAGCAUUGAACAUGAUGCGUGACGAGCAUAUCAAAGUUAUUAUCUCGUUACUGGAAAAACAUGGUCGAGACCCUAAAGUUCUCGAUGUAUUGUGUUCUCUUUGUGUUGGCAAUGGUGUGGCAGUUCGGUCAUCGCAAAAUAAUAUUUGCGACUUUCUAUUGCCUGGAAAAAAUUUAUUGCUGCAAACCCAGUUGGUCGAUCAUGUAGCUAGCAUACGUCCCAAUAUUUUUGUCGGGCGCGUAGAUGGUUCCGCAAUGUACCAAAAAUGGUACUUUGAAGUCACUAUGGACCAUAUUGAACAAACCACUCACAUGAUGCCACAUUUAAGAAUAGGUUGGGCUAACACUUCUGGGUAUGUUCCAUAUCCGGGAGGCGGGAAAAAAUGGGGAGGAAACGGCGUGGGUGAUGACCUUUAUUCCUUUGGCUUCGACGGUGCUUACUUAUGGACAGGUGGACGACGUACUUUGAUUGUGAAUCAUUUACCUGAGGAGCCAUUUAUACGAAAGGGAGAUGUUAUUGGGGUUACAAUCGAUCUUUCAAUACCAAUCAUUACAUUUUCUUUUAACGGCAAUAAAGUUCGAGGCUGCUUCCGAGAUUUUAAUUUGGAUGGGAUGUUUUUCCCAGUUAUGAGUUGUUCCUCAAAACUAAGUUGCCGCUUUCUAUUUGGCGGAGACCAUGGGCGCCUAAAAUUUUCUCCACCAAUAGGGUUUUCCCCCCUGGUACAAUGUUUGAUGCCACAUCAAAAUCUAAGCUUAGAUCCAUGUUUUUACUUUGGAAACUUGUAUAAGAAUGUUUUGGCCGGACCAUGGCUUAUUGAAGAUGAUACCGCCUUUGUACCUAAUCCGGUUGAUACAUCUGGUGUAAUGCUUCCUUCUUCCGUUGAUCAGAUAAAAGAAAAGCUAGCAGAAAACAUACAUGAAAUGUGGGCUUUGAACAAAAUAGAGGCUGGAUGGUCUUGGGGGGAGCAUAGAGAUGAUUACCACCGAAUACAUCCAUGUCUUACACAUUUUGAGAAACUCCCAUCACCGGAACGUCGCUACGAUAGCCAACUGGCUGUACAAACUCUCAAGACUAUUAUAGCCUUAGGUUACUAUAUUACUAUGGAUAAACCUCCUGCCCGGAUUCGUCCUAUUCGUUUGCCAAAUGAGAUCUUUAUGCAAGCUAAUGGAUAUAAGCCCGCACCUCUAGAUCUUAGUGCAGUUACAUUAUCUCCUAAACUGGAGGAAUUAGUAGAUCAGUUGGCUGAAAACACACACAAUCUCUGGGCUCGUGAGCGCAUUCAACAAGGCUGGACUUAUGGGCUAAAUGAAGACUCCGAAAACCAUAGAAGUCCACACUUAGUUCCCUACUCAAAAGUCGAUGAAGCAAUUAAAAAAGCAAAUCGAGAUACAGCUUCAGAAACAGUGCGGACGCUCUUAGUUUAUGGAUAUGUAUUGGAUCCUCCCACAGGUGAAGGUAAUGAAGCCUUAUUAGCUGAAGCACAACGGCUGAAAUUCGCUGCAUUCCGCACUUAUCGGGUUGAACGAAAUUAUGCCGUAACUAGUGGCAAAUGGUACUUUGAGUUCGAAGUUCUCACAGCUGGACCGAUGCGUGUGGGGUGGGCUAGGGCGGAUUGCCAUCCUGGAACCAUGUUAGGCAGCGACGAUUCUAGUUGGGCGUUUGACGGGCAUAACGUUACUAAGAUGCACGGUGGAUCCGUGGAACACUUCGGUGUUCGGUAUGAGGCAGGUGACGUUAUUGGUUGUUUUAUCGAUGUCAUGGAGCGAACCAUCAGUUUUUCCCUUAACGGCGAGCUUCUUAUGGACGCCCUAGGUGGCGAAACAACCUUUGCAGAUGUGACUGCUGAAGGAGUAGGAUUUGUACCUGCCUGUACUUUGGGCGUAGGGCAGAAAGCACGAUUAAUAUACGGGCAGGACGUAGAUUCCCUAAAGUUUUUUACUACCUGUGGUCUUCAAGAGGGCUAUGAACCAUUUUGUGUAAAUAUGCGUCGCCCGGUUACUCAUUGGUAUACAAAAGAUCAACCCGUCUUUGAAAACACUGAGGAGAUGCCAGAUUGUAGAAUAGAUGUUACACGUAUACCAGGAGGUGCGGACACACCACCCCAUUUAAAAAUUUCUCAUAAUACUUUUGAAACCAUGGAGAAGGCUAAUUGGGAAUUUUUGCGUCUAUCUCUCCCUGUCACUUGUAUGAGCGAGUUCGUGAGUGAAAAUGAAAAGGCUCGAAGAUGGGAAGAAAUUAAAAUACGGCAGUACCGGUUACAACGCGAAGCUCAAGAUUUAGCUAACCAACAGCAAACAGCUGCAAAUGUGGAUCAUAUGCUUAAGGGUGGUUUUACUAUGAGCGAUAUAAAAAAUCUUAAUCAAAAUUUUGAAGACACAGCAGAAGCGGAUGAACAUCUGGCACGGAGUCCCGCAAGACCUCCUCGUAAAAACUCCUUGACGCGCAAUAUUACAUUCGAGUCAGACUACUCGAAUGAUAUGAGAGGAUCAACAGAUAUGGCAAACGGCCUCAAUGGAAUAAAUGGAACUGACGAGUUAGUCGACGAUAAGAAAAAACGCGGUAGAAGUCCGUUUAAGUUCUUCUCAAAGAAAUCACGUGAUCAAAGUAGAGAUAAAACGAGCGGUCGCAACCAGGAGACAUCGCUUGAACGGAGAAAUACUGUCGCACACGGCCGCAAUGUUAUUAAUGCACAAAUGACUACGAAAACACCAACGUUGCGCUUGAAUAACACCGAAAUGCCAGCUACUCCUAUGCCACAAGGACCUAAACAGCUAACCUCUACCACGUUGGGCCAACCCCCAAUAGAAGCAUCUGGAAACGAGUUAUUUGACGCAGAUUGCUUGAAGCUUAUAAAUGAGUAUUUUUACGGAGUGCGGAUCUUCCCUGGACAAGACCCUACUCAUGUGUAUGUGGGUUGGGUCACAACACAAUAUCACCUUCAUAGUAAGGAGUUCAACAAAUCGAAAGUACGUUGCGGCUCGGUUAUUAUUGAGGAUGAAUAUGAAGCAGUCAUGGAACGCAUUGAUCGUCAGAGCUGUUAUGUUGUAAGGGCUGAUGAACUUUUUAAUGAAGUAACGCAAGAUUCUUCCGGAAAGGGCGCCUCCCAGGGAAUGUUUAUUGGAUGUUUUGUGGACACAUCUACUGGUAUAAUUCGGUUUACGUGCGAGGGAAAAGAAACAUCUCACCGCUGGAUGAUGGAACCAGAUACGAAGCUUUUCCCAGCGAUUUUUGUGGAAGCAACCAGUAAAGAAAUAUUGCAAAUUGAAUUGGGGCGCACAUCUACGACUUUACCUCUAUCUGCUGCUGUAUUGCCUACAAGUGAUAAACACAUAAAUCCUCAGUCGCCUCCUCGUCUUAAAGUUCAAUGUCUCAGGCCUCACCAAUGGGCACGUGUCCCAAAUACUGCUCUUCAAGUACAUGCUCUUAAACUUUCCGAUAUCAGGGGUUGGUCUAUGCUAUGCGAAGAUCCUGUGUCAAUGCUGGCGCUUCACAUACCAGAAGAAGAUCGCUGCAUUGACAUUUUGGAAUUAAUAGAAAUGGAUAAAUUACUAUCAUUUCACGCCCAUACACUCACGUUAUAUGCUGCUCUUUGCUAUCAAUCUAACUAUCGUGCUGCUCAUGCUCUUUGCCAACAUGUUGAUCAAAAACAACUUCUUUAUGCUAUAAGGUCAGAAUAUAUGAGCGGACCUUUACGUCAAGGCUUUUAUGAUCUGUUGAUUGCCCUUCAUUUGGAAUCCCACGCUACCACUAUGGAAGUAUGUAAAAAUGAGUACAUAACUCCAUUAGGAACUGAGCUAAAAGAACUAUACAAUGAUGAAGAAAUGUGCCACUCAUUACGAUCACUCGUAACAGAAUCUGUGCGUCCACAAAUGCGAAUGACUGAGAUAACACCCCCUGUAUGUAUCCAAACAUCUAGUUUACCAAGUGUUUCCAGUGAACCGAUACCCAACAUCGAUCAGCUUUACUCUCCGAAAUUUCCGCUGGAAAUAGUAAGGGAAUUCGUAAUGGAGGCAUUAAAGGAAGCGGUUGAAGUAAAUCAGGUGCACAAUCGAGAUCCUAUUGGGUGGACUAACGAAAACUUAUUUCUUCCUCUUAUUAAGCUUACAGAUCGUUUACUAUUAGUUGGUGUACUAACAGAUGAAGAUGUACAGAAAUUACUGAUAAUGAUUGAUCCGGAAACAUGGGAUAAUACGUUCGAAAAAGAUGGCAAAGAUGAACAUCGGAAGGGAUUGUUAACAAUGAAAAUGGCAGAAGGCGCUAAACUUCAGAUGUGUUAUCUUCUCCAUCAUCUUUAUGAUAUACAACUUAGGCAUCGAGUUGAAAGUAUCAUAUCCUUUUCCCAUGAUUUUGUUGGUGAUUUGCAAGCAGAUCAACUUAGACGGUAUAUUGAAAUAAAACAAUCAGAUCUGCCUAGUGCUGUUGCUGCUAAAAAAACUAAAGAAUUCCGUUGCCCGCCUAGAGAACAGAUGAAUCAAAUAUUGUGUUUUAAGAAUCUCGAAUCAGAUGAUCAGGAAAAUUGCACCUGUGGUUUGGACUUAAGGAGCAGGUUGUAUGACUUUCAUGAUAGCCUCAUGAAAAAGGUGUCCCUUAAUGCUUUACAAGAGCCCGAUGAAGUCGACAGCAACGCCAUUGAGGAAGUAAAAACAGGACCAAUUACGAAGAUUUAUAACUUUAUAAAUACAGUAAAAGAACUCGAAGAAGGACCAAAGGAAGUUGAAGAACCAGAAAAGAAAACUCCCGAGGAGGUUUUCCGCAAAGUGUUAAUAAAAACUAUUGUUAGCUGGGCUGAAGAAUCACAAAUAGAAAAUCCAAAGCUUGUAAGAGAGAUGUUCAGCUUAUUGGUCCGUCAAUAUGACACCGUUGGCGAGCUGGUUCGAGCCCUUGGUAAAACUUAUGUCAUCAACAACAGAGCUAGGGAUGAUGUGGCGGAAAUGUGGGUAGGCUUAAGCCAAAUUCGUGCUUUGCUUCCAGUACAAAUGAGUCAAGAAGAGGAAGAACUUAUGAGGAAGCGACUUUGGAAAUUAGUAAAUAAUGCGACCUUCUUUCAACAUCCUGACCUUAUACGAAUAUUAAGGAUUCAUGAGAACGUAAUGGCUGUUAUGAUGAAUACGUUGGGACGCCGGGCACAGGCACAAAGUGACGCUCCAUCACAAACCGAAGGUGUAGAAGGAGCGCCACCAAAAGAAAAAGACACCUCUCAUGAAAUGGUUGUUGGUUGCUGUCGUUUUCUAUGUUAUUUUUGUAGAACAGGCCGUCAGAAUCAAAAGGCCAUGUUUGAUCACUUCGAUUUUCUAUUGGACAAUGCCAAUAUUUUGUUGGCACGGCCCAGCUUGCGGGGUUCCACUCCUUUAGAUGUGGCAUAUUCAAGUUUGAUGGAGAACACAGAAUUGGCUCUAGCACUUAGAGAACAUUAUUUAGAGAAAAUCGCAGUUUAUCUGUCCAGAUGCGGAUUGCAGAGCAAUUCGGAGUUGGUGGAAAAGGGGUAUCCAGAUCUGGGAUGGGAUCCGGUAGAAGGAGAACGUUAUCUGGACUUCCUUCGUUAUUGUGUAUGGGUGAAUGGCGAAAGUGUUGAGGAGAACGCAAACCUUGUCAUUCGUCUUCUUAUCCGACGUCCAGAAUGCUUAGGGCCGGCUCUAAGAGGAGAAGGGGAAGGUCUAUUUCGCGCAAUAGUCGAAGCAAAUCGCAUGUCCGAACGCAUUGCGGAUAGAUGCAAUAUGCAAGAUGAGGCAGAGGGCACAAUUGCUGGCUUAAAUUUCACACAUCCAUUGCCAGAAGGAGAUGAAGAUGAAGACUAUAUUGAUACAGGCGCAGCGAUUCUUAACUUUUAUUGUACACUUGUGGAUCUUCUUGGCAGAUGUGCACCCGAUGCUUCCGUUAUUGAGCAGGGUAAAAACGAAUCACUGAGGGCUAGAGCUAUUUUGAGAUCUCUGGUGCCACUGGAGGACCUUCAAGGUGUCUUAAGUUUAAAAUUUACACUGACGCAAACGGCGCCAGGAGAAGAAAAACCCAAGUCUGAUAUGCCAUCAGGACUUCUGCCGAACAAUAAACAGAGCAUAGUUCUGUUCCUGGAGCGAGUUUACGGUAUUGAAAAUCAAGACCUAUUUUACCGUUUGCUAGAAGAUGCUUUUCUUCCCGAUUUACGAACCGCCACUAUUCUUGAUAAGAGUGAUGGUUCUGAAAGUGACAUGGCCCUUUCGAUGAACCGGUAUAUCGGCAACUCAAUACUGCCUCUACUCAUAAAACAUUCAAAGUUUUACAAUGAGGCCGAGAAUUAUGCCAGCCUCUUGGAUGCAACGUUGCACACUGUGUAUAGAUUAUCUAAGAACCGUAUGCUCACGAAGGGCCAGAGAGAGGCAGUUUCAGAUUUCUUGGUAGCCCUUACAUCCCAGAUGCAACCUGCUAUGUUACUGAAACUUUUGCGCAAGUUGACGGUGGAUGUUUCCAAAUUAUCCGAGUACACAACUGUAGCGUUAAGACUCCUUACUCUGCACUUUGAUCGGUGUGCAAAAUAUUAUGGCUCUACUCAAGGUCAAGGUUCAUACGGCGCAUCAUCAGAUGAAGAAAAACGAUUGACAAUGCUCCUGUUUUCCAAUAUUUUUGAUUCUCUCAGUAAUAUGGAUUACGAUCCUGAAUUAUUUGGAAAAGCAUUACCUUGUUUGAUAGCUAUUGGCUGUGCUCUGCCACCUGAUUAUAGUUUAUCGAAAAAUACGGAUGAGGACUACUACGGCCGGCAGUCCGGUGCACCAGAUCAACCACAAUAUGACCCUCAGCCCAUUGACACCGACCAAGUGCAAUUGAACAACGACCUCGAAACCCUGGUGCAGAAAUUUAGUGAGCAUUACCACGAUGCCUGGGCUAGUCGCCGAUUGGAGAGUGGAUGGUCUUAUGGGGAAAUACGUUCCGACAAUGACCGCAAGCAUCCACGUCUUAAGCCAUACAACAUGUUAAGCGAUUAUGAACGUGAACGGUACCGAGAUCCUGUAAGGGAAUGUUUAAAAGCUCUAGUUUCUAUUGGUUGGCGCAUUGAACAGUCGGAUAUCGACGUCCCACUUAAUCACCGUGGAUCCACCCGACGUCAAUCCAAGCCACAAAUCAAUGAAAGUAGCCCGUUUAACUACAACCCACAUCCAGUUGACAUGACAAAUUUAACGCUGAGUAGAGAAAUGCAAAAUAUGGCAGAGCGUCUAGCUGAAAACUCGCAUGAUAUAUGGGCUAAAAAGAAAAAAGAGGAGUUGAACUCUUGUGGCGGAAUUAUACAUGCACAGCUGGUUCCAUAUGACCUGUUGACAGAUAAAGAAAAACGCAAAGACCGUGAACGUUCACAGGAAUUCUUAAAAUAUAUGCAAUAUCAAGGCUAUAAAUUACACAAGCCCUCUAAGGGAGGCGUUACUGAAGGUGAAGGAGGAGCCACUCAGGCAGCUGUGGAACUUCGUUUCUCAUACUCACUUCUCGAAAAGCUUAUACAAUACUUGGAUCGAGCUACAAUCAAUAUGAAGCUACUUAAGCCAUCAACGACAUUUAGUAGAAGAUCUUCCUUCAAAACAGCUUCUCGGGAUAUUAAAUUCUUUUCUAAAGUAGUACUCCCUCUAAUGGAAAAGUAUUUCUCCACACAUCGUAACUAUUUUGUUGCAAUGGCAACAGCAACUAACAUAACAGGGGCAGCAUCUUUAAAAGAAAAGGAAAUGGUUGCAUCAAUAUUUUGCAAGUUGGCAUCGCUUCUGCGGAAUCGUCUCAGUGCUUUUGGACCGGAUGUAAGAAUUACUGUCAGAUGCCUUCAAGUAUUGGUAAAGGGCAUAGAUGCUAAAACUCUGGUAAAAAACUGCCCAGAGUUCAUAAGAACUUCUAUGUUAACAUUUUUCAAUCAAACUGCUGAUGAUCUUGGUAAUACUAUUCUUAACUUACAAGAGGGCAAAUAUAGUCAUCUUCGGGGCACCCACCUUAAGACGUCAACUUCGUUAGGCUAUGUCAACCAAGUGGUACUGCCUGCGUUAACAGCCAUGUUUGAUCAUUUAGCCGCUUGUGACUAUGGCAGUGAUCUUCUUUUGGACGAGAUACAAGUGGCUUCAUACAAAAUAUUAGCGGCUUUAUACCACCUCGGUACUGAUGGGACACUAACACAUGAUCGCAAAUAUCUUAAAACCGAAAUAGAGAGACAUAGACCUGCUCUGGGCUCGUGCUUAGGUGCAUUUAGCUCCUGCUUCCCUGUAGCUUUCUUAGAACCACAUCUCAACAAGCAUAAUCAAUAUUCUCUACUUAAUCGUAUUGCAGAUCAUUCAUUAGAAGCCCAAGAUAUAAUGGUGCGAAUGGAAAGUUGCAUGCCCAACUUAGAAGCUAUUCUUGGAGAGGUUGACCUCUUUGUUGAAUCGGAAAAAACAUAUACCGAUGCACCGCAUAUAAUAGAUGUUAUCCUACCCCUACUUUGUGCCUACCUUCCCUUUUGGUGGGCACAGGGACCAGAUAACGUAAGCCCCACUAGUGGUAAUCAUGUUACCAUGGUUACUGCAGACCAUAUGAACUCACUUUUACGUAACGUUUUGAAAAUGAUCAAGAAGAAUAUUGGGAAUGAUAAUGCACCCUGGAUGACAAGAAUCGCUGCAUAUACACAGCAAAUAAUAAUUAAUACCUCCGAAGAGUUGUUAAAGGAUCCAUUCCUUCCGCUAGCAGAACGUGUAAAGAAACGGACAGAAAACAUGUUUCACAAAGAAGAGAGUAUGCGCGGCUUUAUUAAAUCAGCUACGGACGACACCUCCCAAGUUGAAACCCAGUUGCAAGAAGAUUGGCAACUACUUGUCCGUGAUAUUUAUUCGUUUUACCCACUUCUUAUUAAAUAUGUCGACUUGCAGCGAAAUCAUUGGCUUAAAGACAACAUACCUGAAGCUGAGGACCUCUACAACCAUGUUGCUGAAAUAUUCAACAUAUGGUCUAAAAGUCAAUACUUUUUAAAGGAGGAGCAAAAUUUCAUUUCGACCAACGAAAUCGACAACAUGGCGCUUAUUAUGCCAACAGCAACAAGACGAUCUGCUAUUACUGAAGGAGCUCCGGUAACUGGAGGCAAAGUUAAAAAGAAGAAGAAAAACAGAGAUAAGAAACGUGAUAAAGAUAAGGAGGUUCAGGCCAGUCUAAUGGUAGCUUGUUUGAAGCGUUUGCUUCCAGUUGGUUUAAAUUUAUUUGCUGGUCGGGAGCAGGAACUCGUGCAACAUUGCAAAGAUCGCUAUUUAAAAAAAAUGCAAGAGUAUGAUGUCAUCGAAUUUGCAAGAAAUCAGUUAACAUUGCCUGACAAAUUGGACCCCUCAGAUGAAAUGUCAUGGCAACACUAUCUCUACUCAAAAUUAGGUAAACGAGAGGAACUUGCAGAUGAACAAUCACUUGAAAAGGCCUCAAAUCAAAAUGAUAAGAACAAAGACAAAACGCAGGAAACUGUCGACCGAAUAGUAGCCAUGGCCAAAGUACUUUUCGGAUUGCAUAUGAUUGACCAUCCCCAACAACAAAGCAAGAACGUCUACAGGAGUGUUGUAUCUAUACAAAGGAAACGUGCCGUUAUUGCAUGUUUCCGCCAGACGUCUCUACAUUCUCUACCCAGACAUCGGGCUUGCAAUAUUUUUGCGCGAUCUUACUACGAACAAUGGCUUCAGGAAGAAAAUGUAGGCCAAGAGGUAAUGAUUGAAGAUUUGACACAAACGUUUGAGGAAUCGGAGAAAUCGAAGAAAGACGAAGAAGAGUCCGAAGGUAAGCCAGAUCCUCUAACGCAAUUGGUUACCACGUUCUGUAGAGGGGCCAUGACCGAAAGGAGUGGAGCUUUGCAAGAGGACUUGCUCUACAUGUCAUACGCACAAAUAGCCGCAAAGUCUUGUGGAGAAGAAGAAGAAGAAGGUGGUGAUGAAGAAGGAGGCGGAGAGGGUGGGGAAGAAGGCGCUAGCAUACAUGAGCAAGAAAUGGAGAAACAAAAACUUUUAUUCCACCAAGCGCGGCUUUCAAACCGAGGCGUAGCGGAAAUGGUGCUUCUUCAUAUAUCCGCAUCAAAAGGUGUGCCCUCAGAAAUGGUCAUGACAACUUUAAAUUUGGGCAUAGCAAUACUACGCGGUGGCAACAUAGAUAUUCAAAUGGGAAUGCUCAAUCACUUAAAGGAGAAAAAAGAUGUGGGCUUCUUCACAUCCAUUGCUGGACUUAUGAAUUCUUGUAGUGUACUAGAUUUGGAUGCAUUCGAACGCAAUACGAAAGCAGAAGAGUACAUUCCAAGUGCGGGUGCAGGUCUUGGCGUGGGCUCGGAAGGCGCUGCAGGCGAAAAGAACAUGCACGAUGCUGAAUUCACGUGUGCUCUAUUCCGCUUCAUUCAACUUACAUGCGAAGGCCACAACUUGGACUGGCAGAACUAUCUACGCACACAAGCAGGUAACACUACCACAGUGAACGUGGUAAUAUGUACUGUGGAUUACUUGCUACGACUACAAGAAUCAAUAAUGGAUUUCUACUGGCACUAUUCGAGUAAAGAGAUCAUUGAUCCUGCUGGAAAGGCAAACUUUUUCAAAGCGAUUGGGGUAGCAAGUCAAGUAUUCAACACGCUGACGGAAGUGAUUCAAGGCCCGUGUACAUUAAAUCAACAAGCUUUAGCGCACUCCCGUCUUUGGGACGCUGUUGGUGGUUUUCUUUUUCUCUUUUCACACAUGCAAGAAAAGUUAUCAAAGCACUCUAGUCAAGUGGACUUGCUGAAAGAACUGUUAAAUUUGCAGAAGGACAUGAUUACGAUGAUGCUUUCUAUGCUUGAAGGAAACGUUGUUAAUGGUACUAUUGGAAAACAGAUGGUAGAUACACUGGUUGAGUCAGCAGGCAAUGUUGAAUUGAUUUUAAAAUACUUCGAUAUGUUUUUGAAACUGAAGGAUUUGAUUGAGUCUCCAAGCUUCGCGGAAAUCGACCUAAAAAAUGAAGGUUGGGUAACUCCAAAGGACUUCCGAGAUAAAAUGGAGCAGUCGAAGAAUUACACACCGGAUGAAAUGGACUUUCUUUUGGCAUGCUGUGAACGUAAUCACGAAGGCAAGAUUGACUAUGGUGAUUUUGUUGAUCGCUUCCACGAACCAUCAAAAGAGAUCGGUUUCAAUCUGGCUGUUUUAUUGACUAACUUAAGUGAACAUAUGCCUAAUGAGCCCCGUUUAGCGCGUUUCUUAGAGACUGCUGGAUCCGUGCUUAAUUAUUUUGAACCUUUCCUAGGACGAAUCGAGAUUUUAGGCAGUUCCAAACGAAUCGAGCGAGUAUAUUUCGAAAUUAAAGACUCAAAUAUUGAACAGUGGGAGAAGCCUCAAAUUAAAGAGUCAAAACGGGCAUUUUUCUAUUCCAUAGUCACUGAAGGUGGUGACAAAGAGAAACUAGAGGCCUUUGUAAACUUUUGUGAGGAUGCCAUCUUUGAAAUGACCCAUGCUUCAGGUUUAAUGGCUACAGAUGAUGGUGGUGGUAAUGUAAAGCGUGAUACCGCCUAUAGUUCAUACAUGAGUGAAGAGGAAGAAGAGCGGGCCGCACGUGAUCCCAUUCGGCGAACCAUACAAGCUAUUAAAGAUGGCCUUAAAUUUGUAAUAUAUAUGCUGAGUCCAUCCAACAUAAAACAUCAAAUAGGAGCAAUGCAAACCAAGUCGGUGCCGGAGUUAAUCAUUGGAUUUUUCAAAUUAAUAUUUUACAUGUUCUACUAUACUGGCUAUGGAAAUUUCUGUGUGGUUCGAUACAUUUUCGGAAUACUUAUGAAUCUAAUGCGUGGCCCAGCUCCAGAAGAAAUUGAAGCUCCAACAGUGGAUGAAGAGCCAUUUGGUAAGGCCUUGCUCCCACUACCUAUUGAAGAGCCACCUGGGCCAGAGUUGAACAAGGAUGAAAGCGGACAAUAUAAAGUAACAGUACGUGAAUCCCCAAGUGGAAAUGGUUUGGAAGUAACGGGUGAAUUAAGUACAGAAGAGGGAGGAGUGGCUGCCGACCAAUCAGUAGAAUUCGAUCAGUAUCAAAUUCAAGAGCCAAUUUCCAUCGUAGACUUACUAGGCGGAGAGGCAGCCAAAAAAGCGGCACAAGAACGACAAGAAGCUCAGAAAGCCCAGGAAGCAGCUAUGGCUUCUAUUGAAGCUGAGGCAAAGAAGACUUCAGCUACUGCUCAAGAAACGCCUGCUGUUCAUCAAAUAGACUUUGCUCAAUAUGCUCACAGAGCUGUUAGCUUUCUGGCACGCAAUUUUUAUAAUCUCAAAUAUGUAGCAUUGGUACUAGCUUUUAGCAUCAAUUUUAUGUUACUAUUUUACAAAGUGACAUCUUUCGGUGAUGAUGAAGAAACUUCAGGUGACGAUGAACUCAUUCUUGGCUCAGGAUCUGGUGGUGGCUUAGCUGCAUCCGGGUUUGGUGGUGGUUCGGGAGAUGGUUCUGGAGAUGACGAAGGCGGAGAAGAAGAUUUACCGGAACUAGUGCAUGUUGACGAAGAUUUCUUCUACAUGGCUCAUGUUAUACGGAUUGCUGCAAUGUUACAUAGUUUGGUUUCUCUCGCUAUGCUGAUUGCGUACUACCAUUUAAAGGUGCCUUUAGCUAUAUUUAAGCGAGAAAAGGAAAUUGCACGUCGAUUAGAAUUCGAUGGGCUUUUUAUUGCUGACCAACCAGAAGAUGAUGACUUUAAGUCACACUGGGACAAAUUAGUGAUAUCGGCGAAAUCGUUUCCUGUAAACUAUUGGGACAAGUUUGUAAAAAAGAAGGUGAGACAGAAGUAUAGCGAAACUUAUGACUUCGAUUCAAUAUCUAAUCUACUCGGUAUGGAAAAAAACGCAUUCAUGGCACAAGAUAGCGAAGAAGGUGGCUUGGUGAAGUACAUAAUGAACAUAGAUUGGCGCUAUCAAGUAUGGAAGGCGGGUGUUACAUUUACCGACAAUGCCUUCCUUUACUCACUGUGGUAUUUUUCUUUUUCUGUGAUGGGAAACUUUAAUAAUUUCUUUUUCGCUGCUCAUUUGCUGGACGUCGCUGUAGGUUUCAAAACUCUUCGAACCAUUUUACAAUCCGUCACACAUAACGGAAAACAACUAGUGCUCACUGUGAUGCUCUUAACGAUAAUUGUAUACAUAUACACUGUAAUUGCUUUUAACUUUUUCCGGAAGUUUUACAUUCAGGAAGAAGAUGAGGAGGUGGACAAAAAGUGUCACGACAUGCUGACUUGUUUUGUAUUUCAUUUAUACAAAGGCGUACGGGCCGGAGGUGGGAUUGGUGAUGAAAUUGGAGAUCCGGACGGUGAUGACUACGAAGUUUAUCGCAUUAUUUUCGACAUAACAUUUUUCUUCUUUGUCAUCAUUAUACUCCUGGCCAUUAUUCAAGGUUUGAUUAUUGACGCUUUUGGAGAGCUUCGUGAUCAACUUGAGUCGGUGAAAGAAAAUAUGGAGUCCAAUUGCUUUAUAUGCGGAAUGGGCAAAGAUUUCUUCGAUAUAGUACCUCACGGUUUUGACACACACGUGCAAAAAGAACACAAUCUGGCAAACUACAUGUUCUUCUUGAUGCAUCUCAUCAACAAACCGGAUACAGAAUAUACCGGACAAGAGACAUAUGUGUGGAAUAUGUACCAACAGCGCAGUUGGGACUUCUUCCCCGUAGGUGACUGCUUCCGUAAGCAGUAUGAAGACGAGCUUUCAGGCGGAGGUGGUGGGGGUUAAUUUUAACAAAAAAAUUUUAAUCAAAACGAACUCUAAAUGUUUUUAAAAGUAAGGAGAGAAAUUAUACCCACAAAUCUUGUAUACAUAUUAUAUCAACUACUUUUGUGUAAAUAUUUAAUUUUUUCUUUGUGAACGAUGUUUUUAAGUUGCUUGUAUCCUGAAAAUUCCUAAUAAUAUCUAUAAAAAACCAUUAUUUUUGAAUCAAGAAUUUUUAUUGUUGAUAGCUCAAAUGAACGCGUUAGUUAAAUCGAAAACAUAACCUUCCAGCGAAAAUUUGUUGAGCUAAUCCCAAACCAAUGAUAUGCAUAGUAAUUAUUGCAUAUAAGAAAGUCGUAUUCAACAAAGAAUUGGAAAGUGCUUUGGUGUACCAAGUACAAUUUAUUAAACAUAUAUUUAGAAGAAAACGGUUUUAGGAAAGGAUUAAAAUAAGAAAGGAUUUUCUGAACUAA